AUGGGCUACACAACCUUAAAACGCACUAUGGACUGGUACUUUGUACCUUUGGACUUGGCGGCGGGCGACGUGACUAAUCCGUCGAUCGAAGAUGCCAAUGGCAUUGUCAUGCAGGUGGUCUACUGUGAACGACGUCCCAUCACAAAUCGUAGCCCCAAAUCCAGACGGACCAAUGUCUUCUCUCAACUUGCCGGCGGGCUGUCACUUCCUCAACAAGUGAGACGCACAUGGGAUGCGCAGUAUUGGAUGAUCGAGGCCUGGCUAGUCGCAUCCUAUAAUUGA